AUGCCACAAAGAAUUGAGCUUACCUCGGAACCAGUGAGAAGGCCCCGGUCCUCUGAAAGCUCAUUGAUCAGAAAGAUCCAAAGGGCAUGCAGAUCUACCUUGCCUGAACCAGAUUUGGGCUUAAAUUUAGAUGUCUCCGAUUAUAUCAACUCUAAGCAAGGUGUGGCUCCAAGAGAGGCUGUUUUAGCCAUUGAAAAACUAAUUAAUAGCGGUGAAACUCAAACUGCAGUUUUUGCACUUUCAUUACUGGACGUCUUGGUGAAGAAUUGUGGCUAUUCUAUACAUCUACAAAUUUCCAGAAAGGAGUUUCUGAAUGAUUUGGUGAAAAGGUUCCCAGAGCAUCCGCCAUUGAGAUAUUCCAAGGUUCAGCAAAUGAUUCUCGAGGCUAUCGAAGAAUGGUAUCAAACCAUCUGCAAACAUGCCAGUUAUAAGGACGACCUUCAGUAUAUCAGUGACAUGCACAAGUUGCUGAAAUACAAGGGUUAUAUUUUCCCCAAAGUUGGGAGUGAGAAUUUGGCGGUGAUGAGGCCGAAUGACCAAUUAAGAACUCCAAAUGAAUUGCAAGAAGAACAGGAAAUAGCUCAAGCUGCGAAACUCGAAGAACUGCUAAGAAGCGGCAAGCCUGAUGAUUUGAAAGAAGCUAAUAAACUAAUGAAAGUUAUGGCAGGAUUCAAAGAUGACACUAAGAUAGCUGUCAAACAAGCAAUCAACAAUGAACUAAACAAACUUAAAAGGAAAGCUGAUCUAUUCAAUGAAAUGUUGACUUCUACUAGUGAGCCUGAUUUAAAUAAUGAAACUAUUCAAGAACUAUAUGGCGAUCUAAGAUCAGCGCAGCCUAAAUUCGAAAAAUUAAUCGAAGAAGAACAUGACGACGAUACACUGGUUAGCAAUUUAUUGAAGUUCAACGACUUAGUAGUGCAAUUGUUGGAAAAAUACAGGUCAAUAAGGGGUUUAAAGGGCGAGGAGCAAAGCGGCAAGAAUGUAAAUGAAUCUUUGAAAGAAUUUAGUUUAAUUGAUUUUGAUGACGAUACAACUGCAAGCGUACAGCCUGAGCUAUCUUUAGAUAAAUCUUUACAACCUUCCGAGGAUCUUUUGGACGACUUAACUAAUUUAAGCCUUCCAUCCUUAUCAAAAUCUCCAGAAAACACUUCUAAUCUAGACAAUACCGGUCAGUCUAAUUUUCCUGGAAUCGAUCUAUUAAAUUUUGAUUUGCCAUCUUCAGAAACUAAGGCUGCGAAUCCCCCAGAUUCCAACUCGUUCGACCUACUUAGUGGUUUAAUGAAUAAUUCGAAUAAUGCCACAGAAACUUUAUCUCAAUUGCAAAGACAAACGCUUAACGAAUCGGAUAAUUUAAAAAUUGAUUAUGAAUUAGUUCGUAAAUCGCCAACAAAACUAAAACUAAUCAUUCAUUAUUCGAACUUAAGCAGUGAUCCAAUCACUAAUGUAGCUCUUCUACUUGCAUCUCCCAAAAGCACAACAUUGUCUUUGCAGCCGCAAUCGGGUAAUUUUCUGCAGAGUAAAGUCAAAGAUGGCAUAAAGCAGGUUGCUUUUAUUGAAGGAACGUCUCUAAAUUCAGAAAACUCUAUUAAGUUGAAAUGGAAGGCUACUUACAACGUUAAGGACAGAUCAAACGAAGAAUCAGGCAUGGUAAAUUUGCCUAAAAUAUGA